AUGUCUAGGAUAUCCUCGACCGAUCGCCAUCAGUAUCCCCGCGUACAGAUGGACGAGCAGUUGAAUAAUGUCGAGAAUCGCGACGACGAGCACCAGUUUAUACCCGGUGGUGGAAGGUGUACGAUCGAUACGGCGACAGACGUUGAGGAUGAUGAAAAACACGACGACAACGCCCUGACCACCGCCCAGCCACAGGUGCAGAACGGAUUGCUGACGGCGGAACGCCUUCGCCCAUCCCUGAGCGCUUCUCAAAAGCCGAUGAGGGCUUCAGCAAUCAGCAUGGCGUGCCGGGUGAGCCGAGUGACGCCCAACAACUCGGUGCUGUUCGUUUGCGAUUUGCAGGAGAAAUUCCGCCAGCAGAUCAAGUACUUCCCCGAGAUUCUCGUCACUGGCAAACGGCUUAUCGACACGGCCCGCAUCCUCAAUUUGCGCACAUUCGCCACCGAGCAAUACCCCAAAGGAUUGGGCCAUUUGGUGCCCGAGCUCGGGCUGCAGGCUGGCGGCGAUGUUCCGAUUAUCGAAAAGUCGAAGUUUUCCAUGUGCAUCGAGCCGGCGCUGCCCCAGCUGGAGGGCAAGGAGAACGUGAUUCUGUUUGGAAUUGAGGCCCAUGUUUGCGUCUUGCAAACGACCCUCGAUCUCCUUGAGCGCAACAUGAACGUUCACGUCGUUGUCGAUGCGACAAGCAGCAGGACCCAGGAGAAUCGGAAAUACGCGUUCAAGCAGAUGGAGAAGGCGGGCGCCGUGCUGACGACCAGCGAGUGCGUGAUCCUCGGGCUGCUCGGAGGGCCUGACCACCCGAAAUUCCGCGAGGUCCAAAAGCUGAUCAUGGAGAGCGCGCCGGACACGGGGCUGUGCAAGCUG